AUGCAGCUCCCCGGUUCGUUAAGAGCACUCUGCUUUUGUCUUGGAUUAAACGCCCCCGACGAGGACCUCUCGGAGGAAGGCGAUACUAUCGUCGCGGACGAGAUGCAACCCUCUGAUGCUGCGAGAGGCGAUGUAGAUGGCGAAAUGAAACCCUCUGAGGAUACAAUUGCAGAAGAGGAGGACGCGGAAGUAAAGAAAGAGGAGGAUGACUUGUCCCUGUUAGACAGGGCUGCUUUGCAGAGAAGGGUGGAAGCUAUAGUUGAAAGGCUGUCAGGUUCAGUUCAUCCGGGGCCCAGGCGUCGAUCGUAUGCAGAGGCCUCCACUGGAGUGAAUGAGACUGAGAAGGCGAGUGAGAGGGUUGAGAAGGAAGCGAGUUCCAAGGAGCGGGAGAAGCCUUUCAAGGAACGGGAUGACUAUUACUACGUCACAGCCAACUCUGGCGGAGACCCAUACGAGUAA